UGGUCACAAGGCGAGGUAGAGAGAGCCCCUGAGCAGCCCCUCCCCCCAGCGCUGUGUCCCUCUCCUCAGCCUAGGAGGACCGGAAGGAAAGCUUGCUAUCCCAGAGAUCCGCGCGGCCUCACUCCUUCUCCUUCCGGUGUGGCGCGUUCGGCUCGGGGCAGACAUGGCGAUCCGCUACCCCAUGGCCGUCGGGCUCAGUAAGGGCCACAAGGUGACGAAGAACGUGUCGAAGCCCCGGCAGUGCCGCCGCAGAGGGCGCCUGACCAAACACACUAAGUUUGUGCGAGACAUGAUCAGAGAGGUCUGUGGCUUUGCCCCCUAUGAGAAACGUGCUAUGGAAUUGCUGAAAGUUUCCAAGGACAAACGUGCGCUGAAGUUCAUAAAGAAAAGGGUUGGUACUCACAUUCGGGCCAAGCGAAAACGUGAAGAGCUCAGCAAUGUUCUGGCAGCCAUGAGGAAGGCUGCUGCCAAGAAGGAUUAAGCUGCAAAAACUCUUGUAACUCAUUAAAGUGUGUUCAGAGAAUCCA